AACAGUUUUUUGGCUUGAAUAUACAUAUUUGCAACGUGGUUGGGUGUAUUCACGCUUACAUAUUUUUAUUUCCCAUAGGAUUCAAGUGCCCUGUAUGUUCAAAAUUUGUAUCUUCUGAUGAAAUGGACUUACAUCUUGUGAUGUGUUUGACAAAACCAAGGAUAACCUACAAUGAGGAUGUGCUGAGUAAAGAUGCUGGGGAGUGUGCAAUAUGCCUGGAAGAGCUGCAGCAAGGAGAUACUAUAGCACGGCUGCCUUGCCUCUGCAUAUAUCAUAAAGGCUGCAUAGAUGAAUGGUUUGAAGUGAACAGAUCUUGCCCCGAGCAUCCAUCAGAUUAAGACGAGAUUCAUGUUUUCAGCUGCUUCCCCUGGUCAGAAGACAGGAGGUGUGAGGUCCCCGUGCUGAACACGGCGUGCCUGGCUUGAGACUUGACAGUUCUUCGUGGCUGAAGAAGGCAGAGGUGGACGGUGACAUGGCAAAGGCGUUGCGGACACCGGUUCCUUGCCAGCUGCGCUCGCUAUACCAAACCCUCACGCAAAGGACCACGCAGGGAUUUUGAAAAUGCUGCACAUCCUGUAACAAUCGACUCCCCACAGACGUUACUGACGCUAUUUUCUAUCGAAGGCCAAAGUUCCCGAUUUCAGCCUAACUUCUGGUUCUGUGAAGAAGCGGGUUAUUGGACAUGUUUCCUACUGCCUCAAGUGGAAGCGGACACGUUCGAUACGUGCUAUCUGAGACCCUUCCAGGAGGAUGGCCCCGGUUUUCAGUGGGAGCGUUCUCACCUUCGCGUUGGCUGAAGAAGAGUAAAUGGCAAACUAAAUAUAAUCUAACAGUGUGACCUUAAUUUACUGAAUUCACACCCUGUUUUGCGUUCUUCACUUUUUUUCAAGAACAGAAAACAUAAACUUCUCUGCAUAGGAAUACUGUAUUUCAAAAUUUUCUAACUAAACCUUUGUCACAAUGCAGUCCAAAGAGUAAAACCAAGACAGGUUACUAA